AUGAGAUAAUAAACUAGUUCUUUAAUUCAAUUACUUUGCAAGUGUCUCAAGUUUUAAAAAACUAAAUCUUAAAAUUAUGAAUAGAUUAAGAAUCCCAUUGAAAUCCCACAAUAAACUGAAAGAUCUAAAGUAAUGUUUUUAUUUGAUAAGGGGAGAAAAACUCUAGUAAUUGAUUUGGAUGAAACACUAGUUCACAGUUCUUUUGAGCCAAUGAAAAUUAAUGAUUUAAUUGUAGAAGUAAGUUUAAAACUAAUCAGGUUACUAUGAACGAUUAAAAAUAUAAAAUUUAUGUUAACAUCAGACCAGGUGCUCAUGAUUUUAUUGAAGAAGCCUCUAAAUAUUUUGAGCUAAUCGUUUUCACAGCUAGUAUUAGUGAAUAUGCAAAUUCUGUUAUUGAUUUUUUGGAUCCUCAUGGCUUAGUCGAUUUGAGAUUGUUUAGAGAAAAUUGCACAGUUUACAAAGACAUUCUUGUUAAGGAUCUUUCUUUGUUAAAAAGAAACCUAGAUUCAGUGAUUUUAAUAGAUGUAUCAUAAAUUUUAGAAAUUAGAACUCGGUUAACUCUUUUAUGUUUUAACCAAUGAAUGCUGUGCACAUUUUAAACUAUUUUGAAGAUAAAACAGAUUAGGAAUUAACGCUUUUGAUUCCUUUUUUAAAGCUUAUAUCACAAGUACCAAAUUAACUUAAUCCUAGUUUCAAGAUGUUAGGCCUGUACAUGAAUGGCUAUUUAAGUACGCUCACUUUGAUAAAUUUGAAUAUGUUGAUGUAAUGGGGAUAAAAUAGCUAUUCUACGAUUUUCCAACAAGUUCUGAUAGUUAAAGAGAUAAACUACUAAGUCCAGCUGAUACUCCGAAAUUGGAAGAACAUAAAAUACUAGUAAAAUAAGGCAUUAAGGCUAAAAUUGCAGAAAAAUAAAAAUCAGAAGAUAUCAACGAUGAAUUAAAUGACAAAUAAAAUGAGUCAAUGUCAGAGGAUAGAUGCACAGAGACACCUAAUAAAAUUGGGGGAAAUGAGGAUGAAAUAAUGAGAGAUAAUUUAAAUAUUAAUUCGCCCAACGCAGCUGGUAAAUAAAUAUUAUUUCCAUAACUUAAAUGA